AUGCCGUUAAUACCUGUCCUGGCCCUCUGUUAUACCAGUGUCCGCUCUUUCGACAACACCCGAAGCGAAACCAUCCAAUUCCAUACACCGUUGACUUUGAUUGUCGGAUACAACGGCUCGGGAAAGACGACCAUCAUUGAGUGUCUCAAAUAUGCAACAACAGGAGACCUCCCACCCAACAGUAAAGGCGGUGCCUUUAUUCACGAUCCGAAGUUAUGUGGCGAAAAAGAAGUCCUGGCCCAAGUAAAACUCUCGUUCAAGUCUAUCACAGGAGCCAAAAUGGUAGCCACACGAAGCCUCCAACUUACGGUGAAAAAAAAUGCGAGACAACAGAAAACACUGGAAGGCCAGCUUUUGAUGAUCAAAGAUGGGGAACGAACGUCUAUUUCUUCUAGGGUGGCGGAGCUCGACCAGAUCAUGCCCCAAUAUCUUGGUGUUUCGAAAGCUAUCCUGGACUCUGUGAUCUUCUGCCACCAGGAUGAGAGCCUUUGGCCAAUGAGCGAACCAUCCGUCUUGAAGAAGAAAUUUGAUGAGAUUUUUGAAGCCUUGAAGUACACAAAAGCCAUCGAUAAUAUCAAGGCUCUACGGAAAAAGCAAAAUGAAGAACUUGCCAAGUACAAAAUUAUGGAACAGCACGCCAAAGAGAAUAAGGACAGGGCUGAUCGUGCGGAAAAAAGAUCAAUCAAAUUGCAGGAGGAAAUCGAGGCGCUCCGUGCUGAAAGCCAUGAACUCUCUAAGGAAAUGAGAAGAGCCGCAGAACUUGCCGACAAGGCCUGGAAGGAGUCGGAGAGUUAUGUUCAGAUACUUGGAACCUUGGAAGGAAAGCGGAUAGAAGCGAAAAGCAUACAGACUAGCAUCAGCAACCUGCAGCAACAUCUUGUAGAGGUUGAUGAGUCUGACGAGUGGCUUGAACGAGCCUUAGAACAAUUCGAAUCAAAACAAGCUCAGGAUCGAGAACAGGAAGAGUCACUCAAGCAAAAAUACGUGGAUCUUAGGCAACUUAUCGAAGAUAAUCGGGCUAAGUUAGGCCUCAAACAGGCUGAGUACGGCAAACACGAAAAUGACAAAGCUCAGUUUGAACGGCAGCUUAAAAGACAGGAAAAAUUGAUCAAGGAAAUUGCUCGGCAGAACAGCAUUCGUGGGUUCGACGAUGACCUCGACGACAUGCAAGUAAACGACUUCAUGCAACGAAUUCGAAAGUUAUCCAAAGAUCAAAACCAAGCGUUAGAAAGAGCUCGACGAGAGGCCCAAGUGGAGCAGCGUGAAGCACAGAGUCUUCUGAAUCAGCUUGGCCAACGGAAAUCUGCACUGCAGGAAGUGAAAAAUGCGGCAAGGAAACAAAUAACGUCGAAUGAUCACGAAGCCGACUCGUAUCAGAGACGUCUAGACGAAAUUGAGAUAGAUGAGGGUGACAAGGCUGUUUUAGAGUCAAGGAUUGAAGAAACUGAGCGAUCUCUCAAUGAAGCGAAAGGAAAGGCAAAAGCUGCUUCAUGGGACAGCGCAAUUCAAAGCACAACUGCAGAGAUUCGGUUGCUGGAAGAUGAAAGCUCGAAACUGAACGCAGAGCUAAUUGAGGGGACCAAACGAGCCGGCGAUCUUGCCCGGCUAGAUCACCUUAAAAGAGAACUUAAGGAUCGCGAGCGCAGUCUCGAAACCAUGAAAGGGGCUCAUGCUGAGAGGAUCAAGAAAUUUGUGACCCAGGAGUGGAGUCCCUCUACGCUCGAUCAAGAAUAUCAAACUGCCUUGGAAGCUGCCACCAAUGCCUUGACCCAUGUUGAACGUGAAAGGGACGGCAAAUGUAGGGAACUCGAACACACAGACUUCAAACUAAAGACAACUCGAAAGGAUCUUCUACAAAAACGUAAUGAAUUGAAGCAGUGCAUUGAAAAAAUCCGCGAUUCUGUCAACGACGAACCUGAAGAGUACCCCGAUAUUCUCAAGCAGCGUCAAGUACAGCUAGAUAUGGCCAAGAAAGAUGCCGACCAGUAUGCCGGACUGGGAGACUACCUCAGUAAAUGUAUGGAUGCAGCCAGGCAAAAGAAAGUUUGCAGAAUGUGCUCCAGGCCUUUCAAAACCGAGGGCGAAUUUCAAAUAUUCUUGAACAAACUUGAUGCUCUAGUAAAAAGGGCCACACAAGAUGCUGCUGAUGAAAGCCUGCGGCAACUUGAGGAGGAUCUAGAGGCCGCUCAAAGUGCAUCCACUUUCUAUGGCUCCUGGGUUCGUCUUUCUAAUACAGAAAUUCCUGCUCUUGAGAAAGAGGAGGCCAAACUAGAAUCUCAACGAGAGGAUUUAUUAUCUCAAAUCGAGGACCAUGACAAGAUUGUUAGCAAACGUGCAGAGCUGAAAAAGGAUGUCGAAUCUUUGUCGAAAACAGUUGCUACGAUUUCAAAGUACGACAGCGAAAUCGGGAUACUUCGAUCACAAAUCCAAGAGCUUUCUACGAACCAACAAGAUGUCAUGAGCUCGAGAACGUUGGAAGACAUUCAGGAACAACUUUCGGAGAUCGGGGAAAAGUCUCGCGAGCUUCAAAAAGUUAUUUCAAAAUUAAGCAGCGAAAAGGAUCAGUCGCGAACCGAGAUUACAACACUUGAAUUGAAGCUUCGAGACGUGAGAAGCAAUUUGGGUAAUGCUAACCAUCAGUUGGAGAAAAAAGCGAACUUGAUUGCCCGUGUCGAAGAAUAUCGCAACCUCAAUGCCAAACAACGGGAGAGCAUUGAAAAAGCGGAUCGAGAUAUCGACAAUCUUGUUCCAGAAGUCUCGAAAGCUCAAGCCAGGUAUGAUGACAUCAGUUCACGGGCCGAAAGAAGGGAGAAGGAGCUUCAGCAAGAAGCGUCCCAGCUGUCAGACAGUUUGCAUCAACUUAACCUAGCGAACGAAGAGAUCACUUCAUAUAUUGAGCGAGACGGUCCAGCGCAACUGAGUAGGUGUGAAAAAGAAGUAUGUAGCAUUGAAAUGGAGAUUGCGAACUUAGAGAAAGAGCAAGGAUCAAUCACCAAAGAGAUCAAUGAGAUCUCAAUCAGGCUAAAGGACAGCGAAAGCACAAAACGGCAAUAUGCCGAUAACCUCAGAUACCGUCAAGAAACAGCUGCACUCGAGGACGUGAAUACCACUAUUGAGGAACUAACUGCCCAGAACGCUGAGGUGGAUCGCAGUCGUUUUAAGGAAGAAUCAGAGCGACGAACACGAGAACACAACGCUCUGUCCGCGAAGCAAGCCAGCAAAAUGGGAGAAAUGAAGUCAAAGGACGAUCAGCUCAUGCAGCUACUUGCUGAUUGGAAUACUGACUAUAAAGAUGCCGGGCCAAAAUUCAAAGAAGCUCACAUCAAGGUGGAAACAACGAAGGCGGCUGUCGAUGAUCUUGGCCGUUAUGGCAGUGCUCUUGACAAAGCUAUCAUGAAAUAUCACAGCUUGAAAAUGGAGGAAAUCAACCGUAUUAUCGAGGAACUGUGGCAGAAGACGUAUAGGGGUACGGACGUCGACACCAUCCUAAUUCGGUCCGAUAACGAAAACGCGAAGGGAAAUCGAUCUUAUAACUAUCGCGUCUGUAUGGUUAAGCAAGAUGCAGAGAUGGAUAUGCGUGGCCGCUGUAGUGCUGGGCAGAAGGUUCUUGCUAGCAUUAUCAUCCGUUUGGCGCUUGCAGAGUGCUUCGGUGUCAAUUGCGGCCUCAUCGCGCUGGACGAGCCCACGACGAAUCUUGACAGAGAUAACAUCCGUUCCCUUGCAGAGUCGCUGCAUGACAUUAUCAGAUCGCGCCAGCAACAGUCGAAUUUCCAGCUUAUUGUCAUCACGCACGACGAGGAGUUUUUGCGGCAUAUGAAGUGCGGUGAUUUCAGCGAUUAUUAUUAUCGUGUAUCGAGGAAUGAGAGGCAGAAAUCUAUUAUUGAGAGGCAGUCGAUUGCGGCGGUUAGUACUUUCACCUCUGGUAUCUCCUGGUGUUCGCUGCUUGUGAUAUACCCUGUUCAAAUGCUAAUUCAAGUACAAAAUAGGUCAUUUAAGGUCUCUGUGUAA